UCCCACUGUUAGUGUUCAACUCUCUGUCAUUCUCCUUUAUUGCAAUUUCAUACGAUUAUCUAGCUAGAUGAGUUGCAACAGCACCUCAUCCCCGGUAGCCGAACAGAGGGAGACAGAUAGUUCUGGGUCGGUUGGAGAUAGGAGUCGAGCUCCCUCUUUCGGUGUGGUGUGUCCGCCCCGAGAGUCCACAGCGAGGCGGUUAGUCCAGGCUGCCCGGUCUGAGGAAGAGGAGGGAAAGUGAGAGUACCGGCUGUGCUUUUUCUUUGCAGGUGUGCAGUGAUAAGGUUUUCUACCUCAACCGGAAUACCAAAUUUCAAGCCAGGAGGACAGCAUGUUCCAGCUUCCGGUGAACAACCUUGGCAGUCUAAGGAAAGCCAGGAAAAAUGUUAAGAAGGUGCUAGGUGACAUUGGCUUGGAGUAUUGCAAGGACCAUAUUGAUGACUUUAAAGAUUUUGUGCCGAAUGACUUUUACAUCAAGAACACCUCGUGGGAUGAUGUGUGCACAUGGGAUCCAUCAAUGACCAAAUCACAAGACUACAGGUCAAAGCCAUUCUGUUGCUCCGGCUGUCCUUUUUCCUCUAAGUACUUUUCUGCCUACAAGAGCCACUUCCGCAACGUCCACAGCGAGGACUUUGAAAACCGCAUCCUCCUAAACUGUCCUUACUGCACUUACAAUGGGAACAAAAAAACCCUGGAGACACACAUUAAGCUGUUCCACAUGCCCAGCAUGGCACGCCAGAGUCCCGCAGGCUUAAAGGGAGCAGGGCCUGGGCCAGGUUUAGCCUUGAAAGAAGGUAUUCGAUUGGACAAAAGUGGACGUGACAGUGUGGAACAGGCAGUGUAUUACUGUAAGAAAUGUACCUACAGGGACCCACUGUACAACGUGGUGCGCAAGCACAUCUAUCGAGAACAUUUUCAACAUGUAGCUGCACCCUACAUGGCCAAGCCCAAUGAGAAGACGACCCCUAAUGGAGCAACAGCUAGUGCUGGAACAGGAGCUGGAAACGCAGCAGAUUCAAGCACUGCUGGAAGCAAUUGUAAUAUAUCAGCCAUUCAUUGCAAACGUUGCCUCUUUGUGCCACGUACCUACGAGGCACUUGUGCAGCACGUUAUUGAGGACCAUGAACGCAUCGGUUACCAAGUUACCGCCAUGAUUGGACAUACCAACGUGGUGGUACCUCGUGCAAAGCCCCUAAUCAUGGUCUCCCCAAAAUCUGCAGGAGACAGGAGCAUCAUUGGGGUCACGCCCAAGGGCACUCUGGUAACUGCUGGGGUUCGACCAUUAAGCACGCAGCAGGUUAGUAGGAUGGUCAUUCCGAAGGGGAGUCUGAACUCCGCCAGUCUCUUAUCAGGUGUUCAGGUAAAACAGGGUGCUUCUGGGCUGAAGGCCGCCACGACGCAGGCCUUGGCCACUGGGGGACAGCAGGUGCGUAUCACUUUACCGGGCAGUGCACAUGUUUCUGUUGCCCAGCAGUCUCACACAGCCAAACCUCAGCUUUCUGCCAGCAGCCUGCGAAGCCCGGCAACUUCCUCCUCUUCCUCUAUGAUUAAGAUCCCACCCCUGACCACACGCGUUCAGGCAGCUGCAGCCUCUGUGACAUCUGUUACUGCAAAGAAAUCAAAUUCCUCUCUGCUGGGCACAUCUUACACACAGAAAUGGAAGAUCUGUACCAUCUGCAACGAGCUCUUCCCUGAAAAUGUAUAUAGCUCCCACUUUGAAAAGGAGCACAAAGCUGAGAAGGUUCCUGCUGUGGCCAUUUACAUCAUGAAGAUUCAUAACUUCACCAGUAAGUGCUUGUAUUGCAACCGCUACCUGCCCAGCGAUACGCUGCUCAACCACAUGCUGAUUCACGGUCUCUCUUGUCCGCACUGUCGGUCCACUUUCAACGAUGUGGAGAAGAUGGUUGCGCAUAUGCGGAUGGCGCAUCCAGGAGAGUCGGUUGGACCGCGCACUGAUUCGCCUCUGACUUUCGAUCUCACCCUUCAACAAGGAAAUCCUAAGAACGUGCAGCUGAUAGUCACUACCUACAACAUGCGAGAUGCUCCUGAGGAAUCUGUAGCAUUCAGUGCCCAGAACAUUAACGCAUUCCACGCGUUAACAUCUGCGCAGACUAAAAACCAGGGGACCACACACCCUCCAAAAAUACCUGCAGAGGCCCCCGAUCCAACACCUGUCAAGAAUGCUCCAGAGGCAGCGGUGCCAUACAAGCAGGAUGUGGGUAAGACUCUUUGCCCACUGUGCUUCUCCAUCCUAAAGGGUCCCAUUUCGGAUGCCCUGGCACACCAUUUGCGGGAGAGGCAUCAGGUGAUCCAGACGGUUCAUCCUGUGGAGAAGAAGCUCACCUAUAAGUGCAUUCACUGCCUCGGUGUCUAUACCAGCAACAUGACAGCCUCUACAAUCACAUUACACUUGGUGCACUGCCGUGGUGUUGGGAAAACUCAGAAUGGCCAGGACAGCAAACCCGCUCCAUCUCCCAAAGUAGUCCAGGCACAGGGAGCCUCUCUCAAACGGGCUGGAUUUGACAAGUUUGACCCGGCUGAUCCAAAGAGACGGAAAUUGGGGUCAGGGGACCAGGCUGGGCCAAGUCCCUUGGCAUCAGCUGAAAAGAAAGACGAGAAUGUGGUCUUUGCUUUGGACCCAAAAGGCCACGAGGAUGAGUCAUAUGAGGCACGCAAAGCCUUCCUCACACAGUACUUCAAUAAACAACCUUACCCAACCCAGCGAGAGGUAGAGAAACUGGCUGCCAGCCUCUGGUUGUGGAAGUCAGACAUUGCAAGCCACUUCGCCAACCAAAGGAGGGCGUGUGUACGUAAUUGUGAGACCCGUAAAAUGCGAGUUCUCCUAGGGUUUAAAAUGCGAGACGUUACGCGGCUACAGCACCCAAUGGACUUUAGUCCCGAAUGGUAUUUUCAAGCUCAUGAGCAGAACAGAGAGAGACGGACAUCUAGUGACUUACUAGGGAGAUCUGUAGGUUCGGUUAGCAGCGGUAAGGGAGAUACUGCUGCUUCUAAUGGUACCACGGUAAAGCAUGGGCCAUCGAGAAGAUCAGCCUCUAAAGCUUUGCCUCAGCCAAAUGGAGCAAAGGCAGUUCUGGGAAAAGAACAAAAACAGACAAUCAAAGGCGUCUUAAAGCCAGGACUUGUCAAUGCAGAGCCCAUUUCCUUGGAUACAGACAGUGAAGGAGAGGAAAACGUCAGGGAUGUGCAACAAAAAGAGAAUUCAAGGGUCAAUGACCAGGUGGGAGGCAGCAAAGGAGGAGAGAAGAAGGGAGAUGAUAAAGGAGAAAGCGAUUCUGACGCACAGGUAGAAUCCUGGUCUGAGGAGGCUUCACGCGGGGAGAAUGGUUACGGGCCCACGGACAAAUUAAAGAGAAGAGGUGGGAGGAGCUUGGGCAGCACGCCAGACGUUGUGGCCAAGCGUGGACAAUCAGGGUCAGGAGCCCAGCUUGGCAAACAACAGGUCUGACAUAUUGACACGGUUACACAAAAAGACAUGUUAACAUUAUAUUUGUUACAUUUGACACAUGCCAACGAACCUGCCUCACCUGAACUGAUAGACAUUUUGCAGUCAAUGGUGGCAGAAGGAACGUCAAAAAAAAAAAAGAAGAGGAGCAGUAAUGACAAGCUUUUCUUACACUUCCAGAAGCCAUUCAUUGAGACGAGAAAAAAAAAACGUUAAAGUGAAAUUAACAAUUUUUAUAUUUACGUUGAAUGGGAACUCAUUCAAAAACUGAUAGGGGCUAAGAAGCAUCUUUUCCUCAGGACAGGGAAAGAACACACUGAAAAUGCACCAAACAAUAGAAUAUGUUUUGCCUUCAAUUUAAGUUUCUUUAAAAUAUUCAGAUAAGUACUUAUAAACGCUUGUUGUGCCACUGUGCUUUUGCAAAAGUGAGUGGUUAUUAAACUUUAAUAACAGGUAUUGAAUUUCAUGUUAAACUCAUUGGCUAGUGUACAUUUGUACAGUCUUUUAGAUAUGUCUGAGGAGAUGGUGAAGUUGUAUUCAUGGAAAAAAAUGCUAUUCUUUUUGUGCACAUGCUAGACUGUCUUAUGUUCUUCAUUGGUUCACUUAGACAAUGGAUGUGGCUUUGGUGGCUGUUCUCACCUUUAUUUUUCUUUAUUUUUUUAACAAAACUAUAGCAUUUUUUGCUAAUUAAUAUAUCUAUAUAUGAGAUGCAA